AUUUUCACAGUAAUCAGCACAACCAAGUCAUCGUUAUAAGGCACCAGCCUCUUCUGCCCACCCCCCCAGCACCAGGUGUGGCCACUAGCCUAUAUGAAGGCCCAAAAUUUUGUGUUCCUUUCUGCUCUGACAAUGGCAUGCCCAUUCUUGCGAGAUGUGGUGGAUGAAGAAGCACUUGUGCUGAGGAGAGCCUUCAGGCGAGAAAAGGUCUUCAGGGACCGGUUGGACCCACUGGCCUUUCCUGAUGACCAUCUAUAUGAAAGAUGCAGGUUUUCUGCAGAUGGCAUCAGGUAUCUAUGCAGACUACUGGGUCCCAGGAUUAAGCACCGCACUGCAUGGAGCCAUGCACUGAGUGUGGAGCAAAUGGUUUGUGUGGCCUUGCGCUUUUUUGCUAGUGGAGCCUUCCUGUACUCAGUGGGGGAUGCAGAACAGCUGAACAAGGCCACAAUUUGCCGCACAAUAAGGAGUGUGUGUCUGGCUAUCAAAGCAUUAGCAGAUGUCUUCAUCUCCUUCCCUGGCCACAGAAGACUCUGUGACGUGAAAGAAGAGUUCUAUAGGAUUGCAGGUAGAGGCCACACCCAACACCCCCCACUCACCAUCGAAGGUGCUGCAGUGGAGAGGGUGAGCAGCACCAAGUUCCUGGGGGUGCACUUCAGCGAGGACCUCUCCUGGACAACCAACACUGCAUCACUGGCCAAGAAAGCACAGCAGCGCAGCUCCGCUCCCGCACUACCAGACUCACCAACAGCUUUAUCCAUCAGGCUCAUUAAUGUUCAGAUGGUCUGUAAUGCUGACUGUGUGAUCAGCAAUGUUGUGGCAAAAUGGCCUGGCUCAGUCCAUGACUCCAGAAUCUUUCGGGCCUCUGAAAUCUAUCAGUGCCUAUCACAAGGUGAAUUCUCUGGUGUGUUGCUGGGAGACAGGGGGUAUGGCUGCCAGCCAUUUCUCCUGACACCUUUCACAGACCCCCAGGAAGCACAGCAGGCCUACAACCAUGCCCAUGCCAGGACCAGGACCAGGGUUGAAAUGACCUUUGGCCUCCUGAAGGCACGCUUUCACUGCCUUCACAAAUUAAGGGUCAACCCUGUUACGGCAUGUGAUAUUACUGUGGCUUGUGCUGUCCUCCACAAUGUGGCCUGCCUGAAGAAGGAGAGGGCCCCCAGAGUGCCACCAGCCAUGGACUGGGACAAUCUGGCAAUCUUCCCUGAUGAUGACAGUGGUCGGCUGCUGAGGGACCAAUAUGAGUUGAAUUAUUUUAGUUAGUAUAUGUGCUUUCAAUUUAGGUAUUAAAUGUCCUGCUGUGGCAGAGGAAAUAGGGUUUUUUUGGGCUGUUUUUUUUUACGAAUUUGGCCUCUUAUGAUGUUUGUGCGGUUUACUGUGUGUAAUAAAAGGCUGCAGGGAGGCUACUGCAUCCAUUCAUUUGUCUGUUCAGUUGAUGUGUAUGGAUUUGUCCUGCAUUUAUGUUAGUGUGCAGACAUGCAGGGUGUGUUAUAUACAGACCUUUGAAUGUGUAUGUAUCAUUUUGCGUUGAUUCUGUGCUUUCCAUCUUGUAGAGUCACUGUGACUUCAGUUUCGAAAGAAGCUGGUUUACCUGCUUUGUUUCGUCCUUAUUCAAUAAAGGAACAUAAUGUUACACAUUGUGUUUUUAUAUUCAUAUGGAAUGUGUAUUUGUUUAUAUGACAGAGUACUAGGGCCCCACUGAGGAAAAACGAUAAAGUCAUAAAUUUAUGAGGCUGGUUCUUUCUGCAGAAA